UCCAAGGACAGAGCGGCGGGCGCGCGAGCAUCAGGUCACCUGAAAGUCCUCCGUCAUCGCGAGCCCGAACAGAACCGGGAGAACCGGAGCCGAGCCGGGUUCGGAGCCGAUGGAUCGGCGCUGAAGCAACAGGACGAGGCGGAACCGAGUCCGCGGGUCCGGUUCUGAACACGGACUGACACAAACCCAACCCAGUCAUCUUUGCUGUCACCGAACCGACCGGCACCAGAACCUCUGAGCCGGAACCGAGCCGUGACCCGUCCAAUCCAGACCGGGAAGAGAACCGAGCCGUCGGCGGAUCAACAGAAGAGCGACGGAACCACCAGAACCGGGACCCGGACCUGUAGCGGGAUCAUGGCGGCUCGCGGCGUGCUGCUGCUGGCUGCGCUGCACUGCUGCUCGGUGGCGCUGUGCGGCUGCGAGCCGCGCCUGGUGAACGUGGGCGCCGUGCUGAGCCAGAAGCGCUAUGAACAGGUGUUCAAGGACGCCGUGACGCAGGCCAACGACCUCUACGGCAAGGACAAGUUCAAGAUGAACGCCAUCUCCGUCACGCACAAGCCCAACGCCAUCCAGAUGGCGCUGUCUGUCUGCGAGGACCUCAUCUCCAAACAGGUGUAUGCUAUCCUGGUCAGCCAUCCUCCGCAGUCCAACGAUCACCUGACUCCAACACCCGUCUCCUACACGGCCGGGUUCUACCGGAUCCCGGUGGUCGGCCUGACGACUCGCAUGUCCAUCUAUUCUGACAAGAGCAUCCACCUGUCCUUCCUGCGGACGGUGCCUCCGUACUCCCACCAGGCCCAGGUGUGGUUUGACCUGAUGAGGGAGUUCAGGUGGAACCACAUCAUCCUGAUCGUCAGCGACGACCACGAGGGCCGAGCCGCCCAGAAGAAGCUGGAGACGCUGCUGGAGGAGCGGGAGACCAAGACUAAAAACAGGAACUAUGAAAACCUCGACCAACAGAACUUUGACUUCAGGAGAACACCCAAGGCGGAGAAGGUGUUGCUGUUCAGCCAGGACACCAACCUGACGGCGCUGCUGCUGGAGGCCAAGGACCUGGAGGCCCGAGUCAUCAUCCUGUCGGCCAGUGAGGAUGAAGCCAUGGCCGUGUACAAAGCGGCCCGUCAGCUCAACAUGACCGGUUCUGGCUACGUCUGGCUGGUCGGAGAGCGGGAGAUGAGCGGGAAAGCUCUGAGUGAAGCUCCUGAUGGCUUGCUGGGCCUCCAGCUGAUCAACGGGAAGAACGAGUCGGCUCACAUCACGGACGCCGUGGCCGUGGUGGCCCAGUCCCUGCAGGAGCUGUUUGAGAAGGAGAACAUCACGGAGCCGCCGCAGGGCUGCGUGGGGAACACCAACAUCUGGCGGACCGGGCCGCUCUUCAAACGGGUGCUGAUGGCAUCGAAGUACGCGGACGGCCUGACGGGACGAAUCGAGUUUAACGACGACGGCGACCGCCGCUUCGCCACCUACAGCAUCCUGAACCACCAGAAGGCCGGGCGCGUCAUCCAGGUGGGCGUGUUCAACGGGACGCAGGUGGUGAUGAAUCCUCAGAGGAAGAUCAUCUGGCCUGGAGGAGAGACAGAGAAACCAGUGGGAUACCAGAUGUCCACCAGGCUGAAGAUCGUGACGAUCCACCAGGAGCCGUUUGUUUACGUGAAGCCGACGCAGAGCGACGGGACGUGUAAGCACGAGCGCACGGUGAACGGAGUCGUGAUCAAGAAGGUGAUCUGUACCGGACCCAACGGAACCAUCCCAGGUCAGCCCAUCGUUCCUCAGUGUUGCUACGGUUUCUGCAUCGACCUGCUCAUCAAGCUGGCCAUGAGCAUGAACUUCACCUACGAGGUUCACCUGGUGGCCGACGGCAAGUUCGGCACGCAGGAACGGGUGAACAACAGCAACAAGAAGGAGUGGAACGGCAUGAUGGGAGAGCUGCUGGGCGGCCUGGCCGACAUGAUAGUGGCGCCGCUCACCAUCAACAACGAGCGCGCUCAGUACAUCGAGUUCUCCAAGCCCUUCAAGUACCAGGGCCUGACCAUCCUGGUCAAGAAGGAAAUCCCCCGCAGCACUCUGGACUCGUUCAUGCAGCCGUUCCAGAGCACUCUGUGGCUGUUAGUCGGCCUGUCGGUCCAUGUGGUGGCAGUGAUGCUCUACCUACUAGACCGGUUCAGCCCGUUUGGAAGGUUUAAGGUGAACAGUGAAGAAGAAGAAGAAGACGCCCUGACCCUGUCCUCCGCCAUGUGGUUCUCCUGGGGAGUUCUGCUCAACUCUGGGAUCGGAGAAGGCGCCCCGCGGAGCUUCUCCGCCAGGAUCCUGGGCAUGGUGUGGGCGGGGUUUGCUAUGAUCAUCGUGGCGUCGUACACCGCCAACCUGGCAGCCUUCCUGGUGCUGGACCGGCCUGAGGAGCGCAUCACUGGCAUCAACGACCCCAGGCUGCGUAACCCGUCGGAUAAGUUCAUCUACGCCACGGUGAAGCAGAGCUCGGUGGACAUCUACUUCCGGCGGCAGGUGGAGCUGAGCACCAUGUACCGCCACAUGGAGAAGCACAACUACGAGAGCGCCGCCGAGGCCAUCCAGGCGGUCCGAGACAACAAGCUCCACGCCUUCAUCUGGGACAGCGCCGUGCUGGAGUUCGAGGCGUCGCAGAAAUGCGACCUGGUGACGACGGGGGAACUGUUCUUCCGCUCCGGCUUCGGCAUCGGCAUGAGGAAGGACAGUCCCUGGAAGCAGAACGUCUCUUUGGCUAUUCUCAGCUCGCACGAGAACGGCUUCAUGGAGGAUCUGGACAAGACGUGGGUUCGCUACCAGGAGUGCGACUCCAGGAGCAACGCCCCCGCCACACUCACCUUUGAGAACAUGGCAGGUGUGUUCAUGCUGGUGGCCGGCGGCAUCGUCGCUGGGAUCUUCCUCAUCUUCAUCGAGAUCGCCUACAAGCGGCACAAAGACGCGCGCAGGAAACAGAUGCAGCUGGCCUUCGCUGCCGUCAACGUGUGGAGGAAGAACCUGCAGGAUAGGAAAAGUGGUAGAGCAGAGCCAGGGUCCCAAACCUCUUUUAGGUCCAUCACUUCGACCUCCGACCUCAAACGCCGUUUGGCCCCCGGGGACGCCACGCCGUACCCGACGGACAUCACUGGCCAGCUCAACCUAUCGGAUCCCUCCGUCAGCACGGUGGUCUGAGAGAGAGGCACAGAGGGCGAGCAAGCUGCAUUGCUGCUGCUGAGCCACACACACACACACACACACACACCUUACGUCUUUCUAUUUUCACGAGGACUUUGCAUUGACUUCCAUUAAUUCUCAUGCAUUUCUGUAGCCUGACUAAAACUGUAAGACAGCACUGCUCCUCAUGGGGUCCCAGGCUUUGGGCCCCAUGAGGAGCAGUGGGUCCUCACAAUGUAGGGAAAAUGGUCCUUACAAGGUGAGAAAUCCUGAAACACACACACACACGAUGUUGGUGUGUGUGUGUGUGUGUUGGUGUGGGGACAUUUCAGAAAAUGUCCCCACACCAACAUGUGUCCCCAUAAGGACAGCAGGUCACCCUUCGGUCCUCACAGUCAUAGCAAUGCACACACACACACACACACACACACUCACACUCACACUCACACUCUCACACACACACACACACUCACACUCUCUCACACACACACACACACACGCACACACACACACUCUCACACACACACACUCACGCUCUCUCACACACACACACUCUCUCACACACACACACACACGCAUUGCUCCACUUGUAGCCACCAGCUUUUUGCAACCAUUCUUUUAUUUUGAAAUAAGUUGUACAGUUCUGUUUCCUGUAUCCUCUCACACACUUAUCAAACGUUCAGUUUCAGAACCAGCUCAGACUGGUUUUAAUGGUUGUAGCUCAUAAAUCCAUCAAUGCUGGUUGCUUUAAUGUCAACAAACACUUCCCUGCUGUGACCAUCAAAUCCCUGGGCUUUGCUCAGUGGGUGGAGCCUCUGAAGAAGGAAUGAAGCAGCUGUUUUCUCUCCAGUCAGCCUGCAGCGCCACCUUCUGGUGUGGGAGCGCGUUGCUCCGCAUUCAGGAAUAAUUCAUCGUCAGUCUGCAUCGUUAACUGAGAUAAAAAUAUUUAUCCCUCAAACUGCAGCGCCUGGUUGUCGGUUAAAUUCAGGUCACCGAUGUUUCCAGUUCAGAGCUGCACUGAAGGAAAUCACACAAAAUUACAUUUCUGCUUCUUUAAUGUUGAAAAUUCCCAGAUUUUUCACGAUGCAGCAGCGUCCUGAUGUUGGAAGCUACAGCAGUGGAUCCUGUCUGGAUCAGAACUCCAAAUAGAACCAAUAAAAGAGAGAAUUGAUUUGGAAAGUUGUUGGUUAAAUGUUUGAAUUAAAAAUGAAGCCGGUAAUCGACUGAAUUAUUAGUUACUAAUGUUAGUCUUUAAUAAUAAAUAAAACUCAUGUGGUUCUGACCCACAAGUUCAACAUAAAGUUCCUUAAGAUCAAAUUAAGAAAAAUAACACUGAUUUACCUGAAUGAUGGAAGUAGUUCCUGUAUUGCGACUAGAAAGUUUCACUUGUAGAUUUUUGCCUCCAGCUGUUUCCUCUGCAUCUUAUUUAAUUUGACGUAGUUAAUUUUAUUGUCAUAUAAAUAUUGAAGUUUUUAUUCAGAAUUUUUAGCUCAGUUUUAUUUCAAGACGAAGUUAUUGACUUAAAUUCCCAAUUAAUAAUUCUGAAUCCCCCUGUAGCAGCAGCGCCCUCUGCUGGCAGGAGUCCAAACAGACGCCUGAAGAUAAAACACAAACUCUGUUCACAUUAUUAUUUCAGAUAAUUCUUAACAGUUUUAUGAUUAAAUUAGAUACGUUUUAGCUUUAGAAAAUAAUUGAAGACAUUUGUGUUUUAACAACAUCUUUAUUAAAUUCAAACAAAUUGAAAAAGAAAAGAUCAUUUUGCUGCUUUUGACCUGAAAUCAUGAGGAUCAGCUGGAGUUCUCCCUGAAUGGAAACUUCCCAUCCAACAUGGCCGCCUGCUUUCUUUCUCAUUUCUUUCUCAUUAAAUCUGUCCCACUCUCCAGCUGAGAACUCGAUCAGAACCGAGCCCAGUAGAACCGGGUCGGGUUGGACCCAAUGCCAAUGCAGGUCCCAUUCAAUGUAAAAUGAAGGCUUUAGCCUGAAACAAGCUAACCUUCCAGCAACCCCGGAGGCUCCGCCCACUUCCGGUCGCCACUUCUGGCCGCCAUGGUUGACUGGUUUCCAGUCAGGAGGUUGCUGGGAUCAGGUUCAUGGAGGUUUGAAUCAGCUUGCAGACGCGUCGGACUAUGAUUGGACUGGGCCACUAUCCGUUAUGGUUAUUAAUAAGUUUAAUAAAGCUACGUUUUCCAACUGGAACCAUUUUAACCUGCAGCUCAGAGACAAAAGAAACCAGUCUGGAAAUGAUCAACGUGUCCUAAACUGGGAUUUUUUUCUGAGGUCAGUAUAAAAAUCUCCCUGAUCUUGUUUUUUUUCCCCCUCCAGAGGGUCUGUUGUGGCUCUAGUGUCCCUCAUGACAGCAGGCUGACAGGAGAGGGGGGAAGACAUGCAACAAAUGUCAGUCAGGUCCGGGAAUCGAACCCGUGACGGCCGCGUCGAGGACUCAAGGCCUCCAAAUGUGGGUUGCGCUGUUCACUACGCCACCACAGCACGCAAAACCACAAAACGCCCCUGGGAUGUUUUUCCCUUUUUAUUGCGUUUAUAAAUAAGCUGUGAUCACCAACAUUUGGCUUUUCUGCCCAAAGAAAAGAAGCCUGGUUUUGAAGGGUUUGUAAUCACAGUUAAUUGACAGACAAUAUAGUGACAAAAUAAGCAACAUUUAAAAUUCUAAAAACCUGUUUUUUGCUACAUAAUUAGCAUUGAGAUGCUGCUUUGGCCUAGCAUAGAUUCCCUGACAGGCUAACUCCUGUUAGCACAACUUGAACUCAACACGACCAGAUCUCAGCUUCCUGCUGCUGUUAGCGGAUGUAGCCGUGCGUCAGAUUUAUCAGCGUACCAGAAACACAAUUCAAAGGUUCUGGCCAGAACUUUGGUUUGGAAUUAAUUGAAUUACAAGUUUUAACUCUUUAAAAAGUGUAAAUGAUUAAGUUACAGUUUUUACUGUAACUUUUUACAGUAAAAAUAAAGUUAUAAUUUGAUGUCAAAAAAGUUAAAUUUUUUGUAGUAAUUAUAAUUACUAAUUAUAAUUAUAAUUUUAUAAUUAGUAAUUAUAAUUAUUAUUUUAUUAUAAUUAUAACAAACUUUUUUAUUAUGACUACAAUUUGAAUUUACAGAUCAGGGGCGCAACUACAUAUUUCUGAGGUGGAUGCGAACAUCCCACCCCCCACCCCCCA